UUUGUUGGUUUUUAAUUCUUUUAUAUAUUGUUUUUUUUGAGUCUCAAGAGAAAAUUUUUGAUUGUGUCGGGCUUCGAUUCUCUCGGGGUUCGAUAAUCUUCUUCUUUGGGUGAUAAAACUCCAUUGUGGGUGAUAAUAUCAUGUCCGAUGGAUACUAUAAUUCUAAGAAGACCGACGAUAUCUGCGAUGAUGUUUGUGGACAGGAAGGUUCUCGAGCAGGGAAAGCCUUUUCAAGAGUUAGAUGUAUACUACGAGGACUCGAUUUCAAGACAUACAUCAUCCUCUUCACCAUCAUCCCUAUCUUCAUCUUCGGUAUCUAUAUCCACGGCCAAAAGCUCACAUACUUCUUGAGACCUCUUUGGCAAUCACCACCUAAACCAUUUCAAAUACUCCCCCAUUACUACCAUGAAAACACCUCCAUGGAAACACUCUGCAGCCUCCACGGAUGGAAACACCGAGACACUCCAAGACGUGUCUUUGACGCCGUCUUGUUCAGCAACGAAGUAGAUAUGCUCACUAUCCGCUGGAAAGAGCUUUACCCUUACAUCACACAGUUUGUGAUUCUUGAAUCUAACUCAACCUUCACUAGUUUGCCUAAACCGUUGGUUUUCGCCGCAAACCGAAAGAACUUCGAGUUUGUGGAGCCGAGGUUGACGUAUGGUAACAUUGGAGGUAGAUUCAAGAGAGGUGAGAACCCUUUUGUGGAAGAAGCUUACCAGAGGAUUGCGUUGGAUCAGCUCAUUAGACUCGCGGGGAUUGAAGAAGACGAUCUUUUGAUCAUGUCUGAUGUUGAUGAGAUUCCUAGUGCUCACACCAUUAACCUUCUUAGAUGGUGUGAUGGUUAUCCACCGGUUCUUCAUCUUCAGCUUAGAGACUACUUAUACUCUUUUGAGUAUUUCAUCGAUAGUAAAAGCUGGAGAGCUUCGGUUCAUCGGUACAAGCCAGAGAAGACAAGAUAUGCUCAUUUCCGACAAGGAGACGUUCUCUUAGCGGACUCUGGUUGGCAUUGCAGUUUCUGUUUCAGGCGCAUUAGUGAGUUUGUGUUCAAGAUGAAAGCGUAUAGUCAUACCGAUCGUGUUAGGUUCUCUCAUUAUUUGAAUCCGGCAAGAAUCCAAGAUGUGAUAUGUAGAGGAACUGAUCUGUUCGACAUGUUUCCUGAAGAGUAUACGUUCAGGGAGAUCAUCGCGAAGCUAGGUCCGAUACCGAGGUCUUAUUCAGCUGUUCAUCUCCCUGCUCAUUUGAUUGAAAAGGCUGAGAGUUACAAGUAUUUGUUACCUGGGAACUGCUUAAGAGAAAGUGGCUGAUAAGUGUUUGUGCUUAUCAGUCUCUAUAGUCGUUAGAUCAUUUGUGGAACAGAGGAUGGUACAGUUUAUUGAAGAGAGUAAGUGGUGGUGUCUCUGGUUUUCAGCAUAUAUCUCUCUGUGAAAGUAUAUAACCUUGUCUGCUUUUUAAAUACUGACUUCAUGUUCCAAUGUUGUUCCCAUGUUGUUUUUUGGGAAGUUUUGCUGGAAUUUCUCUUUUCUUCAAAACUCUUUUCAUACUCUCAAUUUUAGUCUUGUACAAUUUACUAGUGAUUUCUUUACAUUAUCCUCAG